CAAGAACCCACUGGAAAGAGAAAUAGAGAGAGUUGGGAAACAGAGAGAGAUCGAGGAGCAAAGAUGGUUCUUUUAGACAGACUUUGGGAUGAUGUAGUGGCCGGACCUCAGCCUGAACGUGGCCUCGGCAUGCUCAGAAAGGUCACCCCUAAGCCCUUGAACGUUAAAGAUGAUGGAGAGUCCAGCAAGCUCACGAUGCCGACGACGCCGGUGACCCCAACAACUCCGGUUUCGGCGCGCAAGGACAACGUUUGGAGAAGUGUGUUCCACCCAGGUAGCAACCUUGCUACCAAGUCCAUGGGAAACCAGGUGUUUGAUAGCCCGCAGCCAAACACUCCCACUGUCUAUGACUGGAUGUACAGUGGGGAGACUAGGAGCAAGCAUCAUCGUUAAGCGGUUAAGGUGACAAGUGACUACUGAGGAGCUGCCAGGGGUUGCAUGUAAAUAGUGUCUUUUUCAUUUCAGUGUUUGCCACGUCUUGGUUUCGAUGGAAUUUUGUGAUUAGGGUUAGUCGGUUCUUGAUUUCCAACUACCUAAAUCGGGUUUGGCUAAGUGUUAAGCUCAGUGUCUAAUGAAGAAUUGAAGAUUAUGUUGUAUCUGUUAGUUGAACUCUUUUACCCCGCCAUGGUUGAUUGGUCCUUUGUAAAAGCCUGAAUUACCGUGGUUGGUGGUGAUGAGCUCCUCUAGUAUUUCAGUUUAAUCAAUCAAUAAAUAAAUAUCUUUCUGUA